GGGUCCAGCGGGUGGGCCUCCGUGUUGAAGAUGUAGCCCCCCGCGCUCAGGACGCACCCCCCGUCCUCGCCGCCCUCCUCCCACGACUCGGCCCCGCCGCCGUGCAGGAAGUGAGCGGGGUCAAAGAGCAGAUACAGGUACUUGAUGGUCUCGGCCAGGAAGAAGGACUCCAUCCUGUUGUCCAGCUGGUGGUCUCGCACGUCUUUCACCUGGAAGUGCAAAUGACAUCAGGUCAACGUCUGACUGAGGCCCCGCCCACCUCACUCACGCUUGCGUAGCCGCAGGGCGUCUUGGCGAUCCUCUCGAUGGACUCGAGGGCGUCUAGGCCGAGUUGCAGGUAGGUGUGGUCACCCGUGGCCCUGAACAGGUACAUGGCGCUCUCAAUCAGCUCUGCAAGCACAAACACGGCCGACGUAUAGCAGCUAGCUGCCAUUUUGGAUGCUUGUUGACUGAACAGACCUGGUCUGAGCGGGUAGCCCUCCCUCUUGUCCACGGUGUGGCCCUGAGGGAUGCUGUAGAACUCAGGUAGACCUCCAAACUGCCUCCACACGGAGUAGUAGUUCUGGAAGGUUCUAAUUGCUCCGUCCAGGUUCCCCAGCAGAGACUGAAUCAAACACGAGCGUUUGAAGCGUCGCUGUUCACUGAGCGCGUCAGUCACACUGUGUGGGCGUGGCUACCUGUAGACCGGGCCAGAAGGCCUCCAGAGACUGGAAGACGGGCAUGGAGACGGUUCCUUUGUGCAUGUGGACCCACAGGUACCAGUCAUCAAAGCGGGUGUAGUUCUGAAUGGCACGGUCGUACGCUGGGAAACAAACAAAACAGACUCGUCCGUCAUUCCCACCGCCGCCGCUCGGCAGAACCGACCAGCGGGUCACAUGACUCACCCUGAAACAUGUGCAGCAGCUCCUCGUCCUGCAGCAAGAUGGCGCCUUUCACGAGAUAUUCAAAGUAGGAGUCCACGCCAGCACCGAUGCCGGCGUCCUGCGCCACCCACUUCCUGGUCACAAUGUCGAUGUGGUUGCCCACCUGAACGCAAGGGUCAAGGAAGGUAACCCACACAAAAAGCGGGGAUCUCCUCUGAUCUAAAGGAGUGUUGAUUGGUGGACAGAGACCGUUGGCUCGCUGGGGAGCGUGUACGUACGAGUCCGAUGUCCGAUCUGGUCUUCCAAAGUGCCCUCAGGGCCCGGCGAGCCGCGUCCUCAAACGUGGCGUCUCCGGUGAGUCGGCUAAGCGUGGCAAAUUCCAGGAUAAAGGUUCCCACGCCGGCGGUGCAGGUGACGGGCGUCUCAGUGGGACUGACGCCCCGCAGCAGGUUGACUGUGCCGUACGGCAUUCCGGUGGGAGUCUGGAACGCUGGAAGACGGGAACAAGUCAGCCACGUUUGUUAGAAACAGUUGAUAUGUGUCGUACGAAAGUUGUGCAGGUGUGAAAAUAUCUAUUACAGGUUUGUGUUAAGACACCAGGACUCCAAAGAAAGGUCAGACUGUUAUUAUAGCUGCUGGUGUCCCACAAGGAUCAGGUCGAACACCACUGCUACUUUGCUUUUAACAAAGUUUUCACUUUUCUUAGCAGACGUGACCAUGCUUGAUGACAGAUUUCUCUCACACAACAUCAUGAGUGUUCAUCUACCAGGCAGCAGCUUCCUGGCAGCGUCCUCAGCCAUCCUCAGAAGUGGACCAGAACACGGCCAGCCGGGCUCCAGCUGCAUGCCGGCCUUGCCCGACAGCAGGUGGGCCGACAGCAGACCCCCCACCACUGGAGGAAGGACAAAUUCAAAAGAGUACAUCUGGUUUAUCAUGCGUAGGCUUCUUGAGAAAGGACCGCAGCUUGAAGACGAUUGUCCGAGGGGGAGGGAGACACGUACCUCUGAUGUUGGUCUCAAAGACGGAUGCGUUGACAUCGGUGUCGAAGUUGACAGUGUCUUGGAGGAGCGACGCCACACGCUGGAACUCUGUUUGGUUUCCCAGCACCUUUGCAGAAAGCCGUGUGGGUCAACUGAACAAUGGAGCCAAACAGGAAGCAGGUUUUGUGUCUCACCAGCAGGGUGUCGAGCGCAUCAAUGAGCGUCAGCGAGAAACUGAAGCAGAAGAAGAGGAAGGUAAUAACCGACAGAAAACAGCUGCUUAGAAGGCAACCUUUGACCCCACCUGCCCCAGGUGUCCUGGCCAUCACAGGUGAGGGGGCGGAGCUCGUCGUAGGGGAAGGCGUUAUCCAGGUAACUGUUGUAGGCGUGGUAGAACAUGCCUUUGAUUCGCUGCCUGAAAGGUUGAAAAGUUUUUUUUUAUGAAGACGCCAAAUAGUUUAAAUGCACUCAACAACAACAUGACAAUAUAAUGCAAGCAUGCGCCGUAUAUCGUUUAUAACAAAUGUAAAAGUCUGGUUUCAAUAGUGACGUGAAGACUAGCCUGACGUCAUGCAUGUCCUGCUCUGUCAACUGAUGACUCGCGGCCGCCGCGCUCACGACCCACAGAAGGAGCAAGAAGCGCACGGGCGUGUGCAUGGCGACCGUCGGGAUCACCGAGAGUGUCUAAAACGAAACGACACGAAAAGAUAUUGGGAGAAGGUUACAGGAAAACAGCGGUCACAGCUAAAUGUCAGCAGCUGUGCACGUCCGUACAAAAGAAGGUCUGUCACGAUUGAACUCGGCCUGGUGGAAAGAGGAAGUCCAGAUGCUUCCCGUUAGUAGUUUGCAUGAAAGCAAAUGAAGCAGGGAAGCUUUAAAUAAGAGUGGCAUGAUGACACACACCGAUGACAAGAUGGAGAAAGUUCUUCUGGCUAUCAUCGCCGCAUCAGGUGUGUGUGUUGUGUGGUCUUGUGGUCAGCGCCGCUUCCAUUUCAUUUCCGAGCCAAAGAGCUGGAACGAGGCGUUGCUCCACUGCAGAGCACAGUAUCACGACCUCGCGAGCGUGCACAGCAAGGAGGACGUGAAGGCCAUGAUGGACUCGAUGGACCCCAGCGGAGUGCCCGAUGGAGAACAGCUCGCCUGGAUUGGACUCUACGACGACAGGCUCAGCUGGACGUGGUCAUCGUCAGGGCAACGUCUGGGCAAGAGCAGCAACUUCAGCAAUUGGGCGGCCAAAGAACCGAACAGCAAGAUGAACCGAGAACAUUGUGUCGUCAUGUACGAUAACGGCUACUGGAAUGACGCCAAUUGUCAUCAAAGUCGGCAGGCUGUCUGCGUUGAGAACUCAACAGGAGUGGCUAUCCUCAUCCUCAAAAACCUGACUUGGGCCGAAGCUCGGAAUUUCUGCAGGAAGCAUCGCUGGGAUUUGGCUACCGUGUUCAACGAGGAGGAUAAUCGACGCAUCAUGCAGCAGCUUCAUCGAGGACAAGAGGCUUGGAUCGGCCUUUCCCGGGACUCGUGGAAGUGGUGUGACGGGAGUAACGUCACAUCAGCGGCGUGGCAAACCGGGCAACCCGACAACAGGAGCGGGAAUGAGUCGUGCGUGGCGGCUGAUCUCAACAACACGUCUCAGUGGCACGACAGGGAUUGCGAUUCCCAACGAGCAUUUAUUUGCUAUGACGAGCUUCAGCCCAAGUCGAAGCGACUGGUGCGGGUGAGUGUGGUGCGCCAGAACUCCUCAGUGGACCUCAACGAGGCUGCGGUGGUGGAGGACAUCUUGGAGCAGCUGGAGCGGCGUCUGCAGUGUGACGACUCCAUCCCGCAUAUCAAGCUGAGCUGGAUCCGCCAGUCGGAUGGAAAAGUUUUCCAUGAGAAGACCCCAACGACAGUACGCUAGCGCACUGCUUCUUCCACAGCCAACUCCUCCAGUGUAUGGAUGUAUAGAAUAGCUUGCUGAGAUUAAAAAAGAAAAUAAAUAAAAAUACAGGUUAU